GUUAGCAACACAAAGUACUGUAAUUAUAAAUAAAAAAGCGCCCAAUUUGAUUUGUUCAUCAUCAAUCACUUUUGCUAGCAUAGUAAACGGGGUCGGUUACGAGGAGAAUCAAAGGAAGCUCUUUUAAUUUCUCGUGGCAACGAUCUCAUCGACGUGUCAAACACUCGAUCCCUCACUCCGGCGACGACGAUGUAUCGAGCGGCGGCGAAACGUCUUCUCUCUGGUGGUUUCACAGCCACCCGCCUCCUCCGAUUUCCCAAGCUCAGGUCCACAAUCAUCCCUUACUCUUACACUUCCGGUCUCUGCACUUCCUCGAUGGGUGAUACUGAAUCGUCAAUGGGCAAUCAGUUUUCAAACCCUAAUCAGUCGGGCCCCACGGCGUCUUCUUCUGCGGCUACAGGGGAAGGACCUCGCCGACACGAGAGCAGAAAGCCGAGAGCCGAGUUCCAGGAAGAGCAGGCUCGAGUUCUCUCUGCGUCUCUCCGUCACGUGCCGAAAUUAGGUUGGACGGAGGAAGCGAUGAUGGCUGGUUCGAGAGAUGUUGGUGUGUCUCCUUCGAUUGUAGGGUCCUUCUCCAGGAAAGAAGCUGCGCUUGUUGAGUUCUUCAUGGAUGAAUGCCUAGAAUUGCUUAUCGACAGAAUAGAGUCUGGACUCGGUUUGCAAAACCUGAUCCCAAGUGAACGCAUCUCGGAGCUCAUCAGAAUUCGCCUAGAAAUGCAGGUCCCUUACAUGUCAAAAUGGCCUCAAGCUCUCAGCAUCCAAGCGCAUCCAGUGAACGUCCCUACCAGUUUUAAGCAACGGGCAAUGUUAGUUGAUGAGAUAUGGCACGCUGUUGGAGACGGAGCCUCGGAUUUAGAUUGGUACGUCAAGCGCACUAUUCUUGGAGGAGUUUACUCAACCACCGAGAUUUACAUGCUUACCGAUGACUCUCCAGAGCAUCGCGAUACAUGGGCGUUCUUGAAUGACAGAGUCAAAGAUGCUUUUGAUCUGAAGAAAAGCAUACAAGAGGCCAAGUAUUUUGCACAAGACAUCGGAGCUGGAGUUGGGAAAUCAGUUCAAGGACUGAUGAAUGGAGUUAUGCAGACGAUGUCCAGAAGUGGUGGUAGCUCUGCGUUUUGAAAAGAUCAUCACUCCUUUUAGGCGAUGAGUCUGCUUCCUCCUUUUAGUUUCUUCCCUAUCGUGAGUUGAUAUUUGAUAUGAAACUACUUUUGAAUAAAACCAUUGAGUGUUGGAACCUUGAUUUUGUGAAUGUGGAUGGAAGUUGUGCUAUGCGAUAAGUUUUUUUUCUGUUAGUGAACAAAAAAGAAAGCUGUAAUCUUGGUUCAACAUGAUCGCAAAUGCUCUGUUAUCUUUUGAUGCUUUCUUGAGAUUCUAGAAUUUCUUCUUUGAGUUGCUAAUAUUUUAUUUUUUAAUAACCAUAAUGAUAUAUAUUACAAUCGAG